UUCCAUUUAUUUUCAGAUUCGUUUUCAUUACAUUAACUACUCAAUGCAAUGGCAGACACAGAAAUUGAACAGAUAAAUGAAAAUGAUUUAAGCGUUAAAUUAAAUGGUAGUAUUCAUGCCAAUACUGAACAACUUAAACAGUCAAUUGAAUCACGAAAAACCAAUAAAAUGAUCGAUACAAAUGAUCAGAAACGUGGUUCUAGUUUAAAUUCUGAUAAAAGUUGUGUAGAAAAUAGUAAAUCUUUGUCUAAUUGUAGUAAUGAUGUUGAAGAUGAUUACUGUGAAAUAAAUGAUGAAGAUAAUGAUAGUGAAAAUGAAAAUGAAAUUAAUAAUACAGACUGUAAAUCGGAUAAUAGCAUUAUUGAAGAUGAUCAGACUCUCGAUAGUGAAAAUGCAACUAUGAAUAGUGACGAUUUGUGUGAUACUGAAAACAAUUAUAAUGGUACCAAAGAAAUAAAUAGCAAUGAUAAUGAAGAACAAAUGGAAGUUGAUGAUUCAGUCGAAGAACAAAAAGCAGAAGAUGAUGAACAAAUGGAUGAUGAAGAGGAAGAAGAAGACGAAGAUGAAGAUAGAAUAAUUGAUCAAAAUGAUACUGAAAGUAGGUCAAAUGAGAUAAAAAAAUCAUUAGAAGAUUCUAGAAUAAAUCUUGAUAAAUCUGUGACUAUUGUUAAAGUUCCAGAUCCAAAGCAAAAUUCAGGUAGUAGUAAUAAAAAAAAAAUGAAAAGUUUACCUGAUAUAACCUUAACUCCUCGUAGAAGUACACGAAAUAUAAACAAACUUAAAAGUUUUGGUGAUAAAGAUGAAGAAAAGAAAGAUAAUAUAGUAGCAGAUGAUAACACUAAAAUUUCACCUCAAAAAUCACCAAUACUUACCAAACCAAUUGUUGUUAAUGAUACUAAGAAAUUGGUGGAAAUUGCUGCAGGAACAAAACAAAAAAGUAAUAAAAAAGAACCAACCUUAGUUAUCAUUGAUACUAACAUGUUAACAGGGCGAAAUAACUUACCUAUGGCUGUAUCUGUACAAUCAAACACUUCGAGUAAUGCCAUGAAUGUCACUCAAACAGUUAGUAAACCAAUUCAAAAUUCCUAUAAUCGAGUGCAACAUCCACAGACUUCUAUCAAGCCCUUUAUAUUAACUACUACACCAACUCCUAUUGCAGCUCCUACAAAUGUUCCCAAACCUCCAAUUAUAUUACCAACUUUAACUGAUGAUAUGUUUGUUGUUGAAGCUCCAUCUUUUAUUGUGCCUUAUGUUUAUGAAAAACCACCUAAAAAACCAUUAAAAGAAUUCGUUGAAAAAAUUGUAAAAGUAAAGGUUAAUAAAGGGGAUGAAGAUGAAAAUCAAUGUGAAGAAUCCUCAGAUAAAAAAAAUGAAAAUAAUCAGAUAGAAAAAUGUAAUAAAAAAUUAGACAAUGAAAAGAUGGAUGUCAAUGAAUUAGUAAAUGAAGUAUCUGGUCACGAAAAAAAAUCAGAUGAUUCUAAAAAUAAUGAAAAUGGCGAUGUACAAAUAUUAGAAGAAUCAGAAAGUUCUAAAAAAGAUGACUCUAAAUCUAUAAAUUUGUCUGAAUCAACAGAUUUAAAAAAAAGCGAUAGCAUUACCGAUCUCACUGUUGACUCUGAUGAAAAGAAAACUGAUGUUGUUAAACCAAAGAUUCAAAGUCCUAAUUACUUUGAAAAUCCAUUAGGCAAGUUUUUUAUGCAAAUAGGUGUAAACCUUGUUCAAGAGCAUGUUCAACUCGACUUAUUACGCACUCAAAGAAGAAAAAGAGAUCGCGAAGGUGAU